AUGGAGGCUUCGAGGCGGUCUUCAUCCCUCAUCGUUUGUGUUGUUUGUGCUGAGUCAGUUUUGAUUCGGGUAAUAAUGGCAUCAAGUAGCAAGUUUUGGAAGGAUGCGUUUAUGUGGAAUGAGCCUCUUCUGGACAACUGGACGGAGGGCAAUGCUGGUGUGUCGAAUCCACAGAAUGCAUUGCACAUAAUGGCAGCUGGUAGCAUAAUGUUUGUCUUGUUAUUUGAGGACACAAUGUAUGAUACCAGAGUGGAGGAAGAUGCUGAGUCAUCCGAUUGGGAAGGUAUGGGGGCUUCGAUGUUGCCCGUUUUUUUGGGUUUGGAUGGGUUGCGAGCGGAAGAUGUUCUUGAAAUGGAGUUCUCUUCACCUCAGGAGGCAAGCGGCUUCUAUAACAAUUACAGCCGACUAAAGGGCUUUGCAUCAAGGCGAGGCAAGACGGUUAGAAACACUGCCGGAGAGAUAGUGCGGUACACGUUUGUUUGUAAUAGGCAAGGAUUUCGAGAGAAGAAAUGGUUGGAAAAGGUUGAUCGCAAAAGGGAGCAUAAGGCUGUAACCCGAUGUGGAUGUUUGGCGGAGAUGAGGAUAAAGAGGAAAGAGGGUAGUGGGAGGUGGUAUGUUUCGCGUUUUGUCGAGGAGCAUAACCACGAACUUGCGUAUGGGAAGCUUGUUGAUUAUCUGCGGUCACACAGGAAGAUAUCUGAGGUAGAAGUUGCUCAGCUAACAACCAUGAGAGAGCUUGGGAUUAGCAUACCUAAGAUUUAUGAGUCCUUCGCAGCACAACUAGGGGGUUUUAACCUAGUAACAUUCACAAAGCAAGAUAUGUAUAACGAGAUACGGAAACAGAGAGGUCUGCAAGGCGGAGACGUAAGUGCAGCUGUUAGGUACUUGGAAGGUCUGGCACGCAUGGAUGGGAAAAUGUUUUGGCGCUACAAGUUGGGAUCAGGGCAACACCUAUGCAACUUGUUUUGGAGCGAUGGUCGUUGUCAGGAAGAUUAUGCGAUAUUCGGCGAUGUGCUAGCAUUCGACGCUACCUAUGGCCGCAACAAGUACAACCUACCUGUUGUAGUAUUUUCCGGAGUAAACCACCACAACCAGACAUGCGUAUUCGGAACAGCAAUGGUGUCAUGCGAAUCGCAGGAGUCAUAUAUUUGGGUUCUUAGGCAGUUUCUGGAAUGCAUGCAAGGUAAGGCACCGCAAUCAGUCAUCACGGAUGGCGACCCGGCCAUGCGUAUAGCAAUCCGCACUGUUUUUCCUGACGCACAUCAUCGGUUGUGUGCCUGGCAUCUGCUGAGGAACUCGACUGCUAACAUAAGCGACCCGAGAUUCACACAGAUGUUUAGACACUGCAUGCUGGCAGAUAUGGAAAUCGAAGAGUUCGAAGCGUAUUGGGAGUCAAUGGUCAAUGAGUGCGGUGUGAGGGAGGUUGAGUGGGUUAAGGACUUGUACACCAAAAAGCACGCUUGGGCAACCGCAUACAUUCGUGGUAGAUUUUUUGCUGGAGUACGGACAACCUCUAGGUGCGAGUCACUACACGCCAAACUAGGGAGGUUUGUUGAGAGCAGGUACGGGGUGUUAGAAUUUGUCAGAAAUUUUCAAAGGUGUGUGGAUUUUCUGCGUGACACCGAGGAUGAGCUAGACUUUCGUUCAUGGUACGGAACACCUGUGCUACAAACGGAGUUCGUUGAGCUGGAAAAGUCUGGAUGGACUAUGUUCACCCGCGAAAUGUUUCUCAGAUACCGGGAUAGCCUGAAACGGUGUGUUCGUGUUAGAAUAUGUGAAUUUGAUGACAGUGACAACCCUCAUGCAUAUACUCUUCAGAAGUAUCAGAGGCCUGAGAUGAAUUGGAAGGUUUAUAGGGACCAUAUCUCGAACAGAUUUAGUUGCAGCUGCAUGCGUAUGGAGUCGUUUGGCAUUCCUUGUGUGCAUAUCCUUUCCGUUUGUGUAAGGCUAGACUUGGUGGAAAUCCCUGAAAGCCUGGUGCUGCGUAGGUGGUCUAAGGCAGCCAAAUUGGAGAUCCAUAACCAUUGUGUUGAGCAACACACUGCUGACCCAAGUGUGACCUAUAGGACACGAUUGGGUGCUUUCUCCCAGCUGUGUAAGCGUUUAGGGCGCGUUGCUUGCAUGAGCGAUGAAGACUUCAAGCUUUACUCAAACAAGCUUAUGAGCGAUGCUCUGUUCCUUGAAAUAAAGUACGGCUUAAGACCAUUAACGGAUAAUAUGACAACAGCAAAUGAUUGCGGGGUGAAGGACCCCAUUCGUGUCAGGACAAAAGGCACGGGUCGGAUGAGUCAAGCAGGCGGUUCUGUGCCGAAAACGAAAAGAAAGUGCAGCACAUGCGGGAAGCUCGGGCACCGGAGGACUAGAUGCCCCAACGGAGGCGCACAACCUUCACCCAGGAACAAACAAUCACUUGCUGGGAGAAAUAAACGCAAGCGAACGAAGGUACCCGUCGUUGUUCCAGAUAAUUGUCCCCCUGAAAAUGCAUCUCAAGCUGGAUGCGACUUAUGGGAGCAAUUUUCGCUUGCAGACCCAUGA